UUGAUUUGGAUAUUUUGAUAAACACACUUACCAAGAAAUUAAAUAAUGAAUUAAAUGAUGCAUUAAAUAUAAGAAUUGAUGGUGAAUCAGUUGGAUUAAUUAAUUUAAUUGAAGUACUUGAAAUAUUAGAAGCAAUAAGUAAUUGUAUUGAUUGUAAAAUAAAUUUAUUAAAUAAUAAUGAAAUCAAAAUUUUAUUUGGUAAAUUAAAUGAAGUGAGUGAAGAUCUUUUAAACAGUUUAGAAAUAAAUAUGUCAUUUGGAGGAGUAUCUGGAUUAGAUAAUAAGUUAUGCUAUAGUU